CGUUUUCUUUCGUAAGCUGCUAAACAACGCAACCCAGCAAGAGUUCUGGCAACCACAUACCGAGAGAGAGAGAGUAUGGCGGCAACCGUGUCUGCUUGGUCCAAACCCGGCGCCUGGGCUUUAGACGCCGAAGAGCACGAGGCCGAAGUCCGACAGCAACAGAAAUCCGAUGUUCUCGGGGAGCAACUCGCCGAUUUUCCUUCCCUGGCGGCGGCUUCCACCAAAACCAAGAAGAAGAAGAAGCCCCAGACCCUCUCCUUAGCAGAGCUCGCUGCUUACACCUCCACUCAGCCGACCCAGCCUAAGGGGCUCACUCACGAGGAUCUCCUCAACCUCCCCACCGGCCCUCGCGAGCGGUCCGCUGAAGAGCUGGACCGGUCUCGGCUUGGCGGCGGCUUUAAAUCUUACGGAGUCAAUAACCGUUACAAUUCCAAUUCCAAUUCCAACAGUGAUGAGUCUCGAUGGGGCUCGUCUAGGGGUUCUGAUGAGACUAGGAGACAGGGGAGUUUCGGUAGGGACGCAAGUAGAGAAUCUGUGCCGUCACGGGCCGAUGAGAUCGACGAUUGGUCUGCAACGAAGAAAUCAAUGCCUGGGAAUGGCUUUGAGAGAAGUGAGAGGAGAGAUAGAGGCGCUUUCUUUGGUUCCCAAUCGAAAGCGGACGAAUCAGAUAGCUGGUUUGCCAAUAAGCGCGAGCCAAGGGGGUUCGGUUCUAACGGCGGUGGGUUUGACAGGAGAGGGAGUUUCGAUUCACUGUCGAGGGAUAGAGGGGAUAAGCAAGUCUCGAACGGAAGUGGCGAUGAUGGUUGGGGGCGGAAGAAGGAGGAUACCAAUGGGGGUGUAGCAAGGCCUCGGCUUGUCUUGCAGCCGAGAACUCUUCCUGUCAGUGACGCGGCUGCUGCGGCGACUAUGGCCAAGCCUAAGGCUGCGAGCCCAUUCGGUGAAGCGAGGCCCAGAGAAGAGGUUUUGGCAGAGAAAGGGAAGGACUGGAAGGAGAUUGAUGAAAAGAUUGAAUCUUUGAAAGUCAAUAAUAAAGAGACAGUGAGAGAGAGGAAGGAGGGGUCGUUCGGGAGGAGUUUCGGGAGUGGAUCCAGUUUAGCUGAUGCUCGUGCUGAGAAGAGCUGGAGGAAGAGUGAUUCUGUUGAUUCGGAUUCUCGACCUCAUAGUGUGGAUAAAAGUGCUGAUGGAAAUGCGGAGGAGAAUGAGACUGAAGAUGCUGAAAAUAAUGAAAAUUGAGGAUUCCUUCAUAUGAUCUCGAGGGUUGUUAACAAGGGAGAGAAUUUUGAACUUACUAUUAAGUGGUUGGAUUAUUGAGACCUUCUGUUUUUGUUUGUAUUAUUAUUAUUAUUAUUAUUAUUUUUGGGGGAUUGAGUAUUUUGUGGAACACAGUGGAGACAGUUUUGGUAGAUUUGUAAACAGUUAAACACUAGUGUGGCCCUUGGGGCAUUGUUUGUAGGUGCUACUCUUGUUAUUCUUCUGUUCUGCUAUUUUAUCAAAUUUUGUCUUCUCUUAUGUUGA